CAGAGAUAAAGUGAGACAAGUUCCUCAAGCAGCCAACACACAGAUGCAGAAAAUAUAAUACUCUCUAGAGAGAGAGAGUGGGAGAGAGAAAGAGAGAGAUGGGGCGGGCUCCUUGCUGUGAUAAGGCAAAUGUGAAGAAGGGGCCAUGGUCGCCUGAAGAAGAUGCAAAACUUAAGGAGUUCAUCGAGAAACAUGGUACUGGUGGAAAUUGGAUUGCUCUUCCUCAAAAAGCUGGUCUGAGAAGAUGUGGAAAGAGCUGCAGAUUGAGGUGGCUGAAUUAUCUGAGGCCUAACAUUAAGCAUGGCGAAUUUUCUGAUGAAGAAGACAGAAUCAUUUGUACGCUGUACGCAAGCAUUGGAAGCAGGUGGUCAAUCAUAGCUUCUCAGUUACCAGGGAGGACAGACAACGAUAUCAAGAACUACUGGAACACGAAGCUGAAGAAGAAACUCAUAGGAAUAAUCCCGUCAGGCCAGGGAAAAUUUUCACAGCCGUUCCCAGGAAACCUUCAACCCCCACAAACAUUACAUCCUCAUCAGUUCCCUCUAUCAGGCCUAUCUCAGUUGUACAACUCAUUUUACAGUCAUGCUGCUACAAAUAAAUCUCUCACCGGCCCCAUUGAGCCCAUUUCAGCCCCGCAAAGCUUUCUCUACUGCAACAAUAACAAUUAUAACUUUCCAUUCUUUACUAGUAGUCAAUCUUCUAAUUGUAAUUAUCAGGGAAACCAGGAUCAGGGUUUGGUGGAUUUGCAGUGUAAUUAUCCACUGAGAGAGAAUAUGCUCAUGUUUGGGGGAAAUGAAAACAGCUGUUCUUCAUCUGACGGGAGCUGCAGCCAGAUCAGCUAUGGCGGCAAAGAUCAUGUGAAACAGGAAGAAAUGGGAGGUUUCCAGGGUUUCAUGAUCUCAAAUGGGCUGGAUGGAAAUCACAAGUUCAUGCUUCACUGUGGGAAGAUUAAUCAGGUAGACGAAGAUGAUCACCAUCAUCAUCAUGGGGAUCCAUUGAUGAGUUCGUUUCUUGAUGAUCAUGAUCAGAAGGCAAAUGGCGUUGUACUGAAAAACAGUGAAUUAGAGUAUGAUCUUGAGGAAGUUAAGCAGCUGAUUAGUAGCGGUGGCGAUAGCAAUAAUUUCUUGUACAAUGAUGAAAACAAGACGCAUGAGAAGGGGAUGUACUACUUCUGAUUGGAAACUGAGUGUAAGUAAAGUAAGUACAAUCUCAAAGAUUUGAAGGGGCAUGGCAUUGUGGGAGUGGGGGUAAAAAGAGAUUUGCAGUUUCUGGGAUUUUGUGUUUUGAUGGGAAUUUGAACCGAAAUAUUUUUUCUUUUAAUUGACAGUACGUACAUAGUAAUCAAAUUGCUCUUUCCUUUGUGCAA